AUGUCUCAAACAUCAAAUCGAAUGUUCGAUUCUCAAUUGAUGAAUCUCUUCAAUUAUCUUUCUGACCUUUUCAAUAAUAAGACUGUCACUGUCUGGAUUCGACCAUCUCUAGUUGAAACUUCUCAUGUUCUUUUUUCGAAUCUCCAUUUUGAAAGUUGUCAACUUUUAAAAAUUCUCGAUGACGAUCCUGUUAUUUUAUCAAACGAGGACAUAACACGACUACUGGAAGUUUGGAAGCCAACUAUUGGGAUUACAAUAAAGUGUCGUGUCGAGGAAGGUUUUGGUCCGAGAAACAUUUUGAGUCUUCCACGGGUCGGUAUUGUCAAUGCUCGAUGGGUUUCCUUUGAUGAUCUACUGAACAUGGACUGUGAGAGAGCAUUCUUCAGAAAACAUUCGUUCAGAGAGGAAGACGUCAAAAAGUUCAUAAACCUUUGGAUGGCUGGGAAUAAUCCAAAACUGAUGCAUCUUAGACUGAGGGGUUUUAAGAUGACACCAAAUUGGGAGCACAUUCUGGAAGGAAUUGAAUAUGGAGUAUGGGAUGAGAAAGAAAAAAAGAAAAGACCGAGGAAUUUUCAAGACCAUUACAUCUGCAGUAUUGAAGAAAUCGACUGCAAGAAUGGUCUGGAUUUCGAGAGAAAGAGUGAUGGAAUGAUUGGGACAGUCAUUCAUCAAUCUGACCAGAUCGAUUUCUUUGUGUGGUACGAUAUACAAUUCUGA